AAGAUACUGGAAGUAAACCGCCUCCGAUGUGGAGUUUUUUCCUCUCGUGUUGCCCAGAAGGUUCCAGACCGUUGUCAAAAUGAUGGGCCAACAGGUUCUCGUGCUGAGCCAGAAUAUGAAGAGGGAGUCUGGACGGAAGGUUCAGACUGGAAAUAUCAGUGCAGCCAAGACGAUCGCAGACGUCAUCAGAACAUGCCUGGGACCGAGGGCCAUGAUGAAGAUGCUGUUGGACCCCAUGGGUGGGAUCGUGAUGACCAAUGAUGGUAACGCUAUCCUGAGAGAGAUCCAGGUCCAGCACCCGGCUGCCAAGUCCAUGAUUGAGAUCAGCCGCACUCAGGACGAGGAGGUGGGAGACGGCACCACCUCUGUCAUCAUCCUGGCGGGUGAGAUGCUGUCAGUGUCAGAGCAGUUCCUGGAGCAGCAGAUGCACCCGACAGUUGUCAUCAGCGCCUACAGACAAGCCCUGGAUGAUAUGCUCAACCUUCUCAAAGAAAUCAGCACCCCAGUGGACGUGAGCGACAGGGAGAUGAUGCUGAAGAUCAUCAACUCUGCCAUCAACACCAAGGCCCUGAGCCGCUGGUCUGACAUGGCCUGCAGCAUCGCACUGGACGCUGUCAAAACUGUGGAGAUGGAGGAGAACGGACGCAAGGAGAUCGACAUCAAGAAGUAUGCCAAAGUAGAAAAGGUUCCUGGUGGGAUCAUCGAGGACUCGUGUGUGCUGAGAGGUGUGAUGGUAAACAAGGACGUGACUCACCCGCGCAUGCGCAGAAUGAUCAAGGAUCCCCGCAUUAUCCUGUUGGACUGCUCCCUGGAGUACAAGAAGGGAGAGAGCCAGACUGAUAUUGAGAUCACUCGUGAGGAGGACUUUGCCCGCAUCCUGCAGAUGGAGGAGGAGUACAUCCAGCAGAUCUGUGAAGACAUCAUCCGCCUCAAGCCAGACCUCAUCUUCACAGAGAAGGGCAUCUCCGACUUGGCUCAGCAUUACCUGAUGAAGGCUAACAUCACGGCUAUUCGCCGUGUCAGAAAGACCGACAACAACCGGAUCGCCCGAGCGUGUGGUGCACGUAUUGCCAGCCGUACGGAUGAGCUGCGCGAGGAGGACGUGGGCCUGGGGGCGGGCCUGUUUGAGAUCAAGAAGAUUGGAGACGAGUACUUCACCUUCGUCACAGAGUGCAAAGACCCCAAAGCCUGCACCAUCUUGCUGAGAGGAGCCAGCAAGGAAAUCCUGGCGGAGGUGGAGCGUAACCUGCAGGAUGCCAUGCAGGUGACCCGCAACGUGCUGCUGGAGCCCAGCCUGCUGCCUGGCGGCGGCGCUGCCGAGAUGGCCGUGUCCCAGCGGCUGAUGGAGCGAUCCAAGUCCCUUACUGGCGUGGAGCAAUGGCCCUACCGUGCCCUUGCCCAGGCCCUGGAAGUCAUCCCCCGCACCCUCAUCCAGAACUGUGGCGCCUCCACAAUCCGUGUGCUCACCUCCCUCAGGGCCAAGCACACCCAGGAGGGCUGUGUGUCGUGGGGGGUGAACGGAGAGACUGGCACCCUGGCUGAUAUGACCGCCCUGGGCAUCUGGGAGCCGCUGGCCGUCAAGGCUCAGACCUAUAAGACCGCAGUAGAGACGGCCAUCUUGUUGCUGCGCAUCGACGACAUUGUCUCCGGACACAAGAAGAAGGGAGACGAGCAGACAGGAGGAGGACAGGGUGCUGAGUAGAGGGGAAGAAGAGAAGGAUUGGGAACCAGGAGGAGGAAGAGGGUAAUGGAGGAAAAGGCAAUCGGAGCUGUGACAACACUGUUCUAUAAACCACUCACUCAGAUGUGACAUUUGUUAUGGACACUCUAAGCAGACUGUGAUAGGGUUGUUGCAUGUAAUACAUAUGAAUAUAUUGGAUUCGGUAUCAAGGCACCCCAGUUAGCUUCAGUCAGUGUGUGUGUUUGUGCAGUAUUUAUGACAGUAAGUAAGAUGACUGAAUAUGUUCUCCUGGGACCAAGGUUUACCUCAGCUAGUCACUCUGUAGGUAUUUAUUUGUAUGGAAAAACUCCUUUGUGUGACAUUAGUUGAAGAACGGUUGCCAAUGGAUAGUGACCAAAUCAAGUGACCGACAAGUCAUUUGAAUGAACUACUAAAGCGCUGUGAUACUUUUUAAAAAUGGUAUACUUUGCAAAUGAUUUAUAGCCCGCGAUGUCCACUUCUGAAGGUCCUUUUUAAAUGUUUAAAUUCUACAUUCUAUGGAUUGUAUCCUAUCACAUUUGAAUUAAUGAUAAUGCUUUCUCUCUAAGAAAUGGUUGGAGUUGUUAGAUUGGCACGGUCAUUCUGAUUCUGAAUCCUGUUACUCCACCUGAACAUGUCCCUCCAUUUCCCUUUGCCUGGGGCUGCUACCUGUGAUUAGCAUCAACCUCAAUAAAAUUGGAUACAAAUGGCA